AUGUCAUCCUUCGCUCUGCAAACCUUCUCGGGUUCUGCUUUUUCCCACCAGCACUGCAGGAACCCACCGGGGCUGCAGGAACCCACCAGGAACCCACCGGGGCUGCAGGAACCCACCAGAGCUGCAGGAACCCACCGGGGCUGCAGGAACCCACCAGAGCUGCAGGAACCCACCGGGGCUGCAGGAACCCACCAGGAACCCACCGGGGCUGCAGGAACCCACCGGGGCUGCAGGAACCCACCAGAGCUGCAGGAACCCACCGGGGCUGCAGGAACCCACCAGAGCUGCAGGAACCCACCGGGGCUGCAGGAACCCACCAGAGCUGCAGGAACCCACCGGGGCUGCAGGAACCCACCAGGAACCCACCGGGGCUGCAGGAACCCACCGGGGCUGCAGGAACCCACCAGGAACCCACCGGGGCUGCAGGAACCCACCAGAGCUGCAGGAACCCACCGGGGCUGCAGGAACCCACCGGGGCUGCAGGAACCCACCGGGGCUGCAGGAACCCACCAGAGCUGCAGGAACCCACCAGGGCUGCAGGAACCCACCGGGGCUGCAGGAACCCACCAGAACUGCAGGAACCCACCAGAGAUGCAGGAACCCACCAGGAACCCACCGGGGCUGCAGGAACCCACCAGAGCUGCAGGAACCCACCAGAGCUGCAGGAACCCACCAGGGCUGCAGGAACCCACCAGAGUUGCAGGAACCCACCGAGGCUGCAGGAACCCACCGGGGCUGCAGGAACCCACCAGGAACCCACCGGGGCUGCAGGAACCCACCAGAGCUGCAGGAACCCACCGGGGCUGCAGGAACCCACCGGGGCUGCAGGAACCCACCGGGGCUGCAGGAACCCACCAGAGCUGCAGGAACCCACCGGGGCUGCAGGAACCCACCGGGGCUGCAGGAACCCACCAGAACUGCAGGAACCCACCAGAGAUGCAGGAACCCACCAGGAACCCACCGGGGCUGCAGGAACCCACCGGGGCUGCAGGAACCCACCAGAGCUGCAGGAACCCACCGGGGCUGCAGGAACCCACCGGGGCUGCAGGAACCCACCAGAACUGCAGGAACCCACCAGAGAUGCAGGAACCCACCAGGAACCCACCGGGGCUGCAGGAACCCACCAGAGCUGCAGGAACCCACCAGAGCUGCAGGAACCCACCAGGGCUGCAGGAACCCACCAGAGUUGCAGGAACCCAACGGGGGCUGCAGGAACCCACCAGAACUGCAGGAACCCACCAGAGAUGCAGGAACCCACCAGGAACCCACCGGGGCUGCAGGAACCCACCAGAGCUGCAGGAACCCACCAGAGCUGCAGGAACCCACCGGGGCUGCAGGAACCCACCAGAGCUGCAGGAACCCACCAGAGCUGCAGGAACCCACCGGGGCUGCAGGAACCCACCGGGGCUGCAGGAACCCACCAGAACUGCAGGAACCCACCAGAGAUGCAGGAACCCACCAGGAACCCACCGGGGCUGCAGGAACCCACCGGGGCUGCAGGAACCCACCAGAGCUGCAGGAACCCACCGGGGCUGCAGGAACCCACCGGGGCUGCAGGAACCCACCAGAACUGCAGGAACCCACCAGAGAUGCAGGAACCCACCAGGAACCCACCGGGGCUGCAGGAACCCACCAGAGCUGCAGGAACCCACCAGAGCUGCAGGAACCCACCAGGGCUGCAGGAACCCACCAGAGUUGCAGGAACCCAACGGGGGCUGCAGGAACCCACCAGAACUGCAGGAACCCACCAGAGAUGCAGGAACCCACCAGGAACCCACCGGGGCUGCAGGAACCCACCAGAGCUGCAGGAACCCACCAGAGCUGCAGGAACCCACCGGGGCUGCAGGAACCCACCAGAGCUGCAGGAACCCACCAGAGCUGCAGGAACCCACCAGGGCUGCAGGAACCCACCAGAGUUGCAGGAACCCAACGGGGGCUGCAGGAACCCACCAGAACUGCAGGAACCCACCAGAGAUGCAGGAACCCACCAGGAACCCACCGGGGCUGCAGGAACCCACCAGAGCUGCAGGAACCCACCAGAGCUGCAGGAACCCACCAGGGCUGCAGGAACCCACCAGAGUUGCAGGAACCCACCAGAGUUGCAGGAACCCACCAGGGCUGCAGGAACCCACCAGAGUUGCAGGAACCCACCAGGGCUGCAGGAACCCACCGGGGCUGCAGGAACCCACCGGGGCUGCAGGAACCCACCAGGGCUGCAGGAACCCACCAGAGCUGCAGGAACCCACCGGGGCUGCAGGAACCCACCAGAGCUGCAGGAACCCACCGGGGCUGCAGGAACCCACCAGAGCUGCAGGAACCCACCGGGGCUGCAGGAACCCACCAGAGCUGCAGGAACCCAACGGGGCUGCAGGAACCCACCAGAGCUGCAGGAACCCAACGGGGCUGCAGGAACCCACCGGGGCUGCAGGAACCCACCAGGGCUGCAGGAACCCACCGGGGCUGCAGGAACCCACCGGGGCUGCAGGAACCCACCGGGGCUGCAGGAACCCACCAGGAACCCACCAGUAA